GCAUCCUAGGCUGUCGUGCUUUGCAAGCUCUGUGUCCACACCACAACUCCACCAAAAAAGAACAGACAGGCUUCUUAAUCACCAAAUCCCACUAACCCCCCGCCAUUACAUCCCUGUUUUGGCAACAACUCCAGCAGCUCUCUGCUCUUUUUACUAUAAAAAAACCCAUCUUCACUUCUUCUGUACUUGCACACGAACAUUAAGCGCUUGAUCAAAACUUGUAUUAGCUCCCCACCACCACCAAACAGAAGAGAAACAGAAGAAAAGGAAAAGUUCGAACAACUUCGAACGAUGCGAGCCCUUGCUGUUGUGCUCGGUUCUGCUAUCUUGCUGGCGUAUGUCGCGAGCAGUGCGGGUGCGCUGAGCUUGGAUUACUAUGACCAGACGUGCCCGAAGCUCGAGUAUUCGGUGAGGGGGGCUGUGAAGAAAGCGAUGAAGAACGACAACACCGUUCCUGCUGCUUUACUUCGCAUGCACUUCCACGACUGCUUCAUCAGAGGAUGUGACGGUUCCGUGCUCUUGAACUCGACGGCAAAGAACACAGCCGAAAAAGACGGGCCGCCGAACAUCUCACUCCACGCAUUCUAUGUGAUCGACCUUGCGAAGGAAGCAGUGGAAGCUCAGUGCCCUGGGGUCGUCUCUUGCGCCGACAUCUUGGCCUUGGCUGCUCGGGAUGCUGUCGCUCUGUCUGGAGGACCGCAUUGGGAUGUGCCGAAAGGAAGAAAAGAUGGGAGGAUUUCGAAAGCGAAUGACACAAGGCAAUUACCAGCUCCGACCUUCAACAUCUCUCAACUACAGCAAAGCUUCUCUCAAAGAGGCCUUUCCAUGGAAGACUUGGUGGCUCUCUCCGGUGGCCACACCCUCGGUUUCGCCCACUGCUCGUCGUUCCAGAACCGGAUCCACAACUUCAACUCCGUGGACGAUAUCGACCCGUCGUUGCACCCGUCCUUCGCGGCGCAGCUGCGGAAGGUGUGCCCCGCGCACAACACGGUGAGGAGCGCGGGGUCCACGUUGGAUCCCACGGUGACCAAGUUCGACAACGUGUACUACAAGAUGCUGCUCCAAGGGAAGAGCAUCUUCACCUCGGAUCAGGCGCUGCUCACCGUCCCGAAGACGAAAGCACUGGUCUCCAAGUUCGCCGAGAGCCAGGAGGAGUUCGAGAAGGCCUUCGUGAAGUCCAUGAUCAAGAUGAGCAGCUUGAGCGGCGGCGGGCAAGAGAUUAGGCUGAAUUGCAGAGUUGUUCGUUAAGUCGGUUUCUUUUGUAGAUGAAUGAUUCCUGUGUGUGGCAAAAUCGUGAUUCGUUUCUCUCUUUGGUUCUUUCUUUUUGUUUCUUUGGCUGGUUUGAUAAUGAAUGGCAAUUUUUUAUUUUUCAGAUCAAAUUUGUAAUUGAGAAAAGUCAUUGUGUAAAUAUUGUUGGCUAAA